AUGAAUCAUAAGAAAAUGAACUUAACAGUGACCGAAUUUGUGUUUCUGGGGCUUUCAUCAGAUCCGAGGACACAGCUCAUCCUCUUCAUUUUGUUCUUGUUCUUCUAUAUAUUAUCAGUGGCUGGCAAUAUUAUUAUCAUUACCAUCAUCCAGAUAGAACCUCGCCUCCAUACCCCCAUGUACUUCUUCCUCACUAAUCUGUCCUUUCUGGACAUGUGCUACACAUCCACCAAUGUCCCACAGAUGCUUUCCAACAUGGUGGGGAGAAAGACCAUUCCCUUUGCCAGCUGUGCUACUCAGAUGUAUUUCUCCCUGUCCUUUGGAAUGAUCGAAUGUGUCCUCCUGGGUGUCAUGGCUUAUGACCGCUGUGUAGCCAUCUGCCAUCCUCUUCAUUACACUGUCAUUAUGGACCAAAACACUUGUAUCCAUCUGGCAGCCAUUUCCUGGGCCAGUAGCUUCCUCAGUUCCAUGGUUAUCAAUGUCCUGACUUUGAGUUUGCCCUACUGUGGGCCCAAUGUCCUGAAUCACUUUUUCUGUGAGGUGCCUUCUGUCCUGAGGCUGGCCUGCACUGAUACCUCACUCACUGAGAUUGUGGUUUUUGUCUUCAGUAUCAUUAUUGUCUUCAUCCCUUUCCUCCUCAUUAUUGUUUCCUACGCCAGGAUUCUUCUGUCUGUUCUCAGGAUGCGGUCAGCCUCUGGGAGGUAUAAAGCACUGUCUACCUGCACCUCCCAUCUGACCGUCGUGACCUUAUUCUACGGAACUGCCAUCUUCAUGUACAUGAGACCUCAAUCAAAGUCCUCCCGUGCUGGUGGCAAGAUCAUUGCUGUAUUCUACACUGUUGUGACACCCAUGCUCAACCCCUUAAUCUACAGCCUAAGGAACAAAGAUGUAAAAGGAGCUCUGAGGAAGGCCAUUGUAAAACAGAAAACAUAA